AUGAGCAAGCUCAACUUUAUCCAAGACAAGCUGCAGGACAUAGACCACAGCGUGAAGCUGAACGGGAACAAACAGCAUCUCGCCGAGCAUGGCCGGCAGGCAGGGGAGAACCGGCUCGAUCAACCCUUUGCGCAGGAACCAGUGGUUCCCGACGUUGUGGUGAAACUGGAAAGUCUGGAGCGUAAAGUGAAUGGGAGCGAGGUGAGUUUGCAGCAAAAAUUGGAUGCGAUUGCCCGGAGUUUGCAAGCAAGAAUAACGGCGUUGGAGGACAAAAUGGACCGAAUGGCGGACAAUAUGAAGGCGAGAGAGAACGCUCACCAGAAUGCACUGCGUGCGAUGGAGAACGUGUUGGUGGCCAAAAUGAACCAGUUGCAGGAAUCUUUGCGCAAUACAGUGCCUACAAUGCAGAACGAGUGCAAUGAUGUAAUGCUUGUCGAAAACAGGCUAAUCGGCAACCCGAAUCAUGCUGGAAACAAUCAAAACGAUGCCGUGCAGCUCCCCGACCAAGAGGAAGCUUCUACCGACUUGAUCCCUGCAGCUAAGGCGGAUGAUCAAACCUACAGAUCGUGCCGGGAAGUACGCUCGGGGCUGUCGGGACAAUACCAAAUCCAGCUAAAGCCCCAUUCCAAACCGUUGCACGUUUACUGUGAACAGAAUAAACAUGGCGGAGGCUGGACUGUGUUCCAGUAUCGGUACAACGGGCAGCAAGACUUCUACCAAAAUUGGACCAAGUACCGGGACGGUUUCGGUGAUCUUAGUGGCGAGUUUUGGUUGGGUCUAGAAAAUCUUCAUCAGAUGACUUUCCAUCGUCGACACGAGUUGUUGGUCGAGGUAACGGACUUUUCAGGCAACUACGGGUACGCGCAUUACGAUGACUUUGUGAUCGGAAGCGAGGAAGAGCAGUACGUGCUGAAACAGUUGGGCAAAUACAAUGGUACCGCUGAUGAUUCGAUGUCCUACAACUUGGGUGGGAAGUUUACCACCGCGGAUCGCAAUAAUGACGAGUAUGACAACCCGAUAAACUGCGCCGUUGAUCGGCAAGGGGCAUGGUGGUACGUCAUGUGUACCAAGGCAAAUCUAAACGGGCGUUACCAGAACUCGCUGAACAGUCUAUCGUCUAUGUACUGGUACUUUUCAACGCACGAGCGCCGAUGUCUGGCCUAUUCGAGGAUGAUGGUUCGAGAGGUCCUUUACUAUUGA